CGUCGGCUCCGGAAGCUCGACGGCCUCGUCGUUUGACAGCUGCGGAGCUCAGACCGGCGGAGAAGAGCCGCGGAUGGACCGCUCGUCCCCCGCCAGGACAUUUCACCGAAGCGGUUGAAAAGCACCGGACCAGAACCGGAACCAGAAGCAGAACCACGUCGCCAGCCCCGCAUCGGCCAUGAUGGACGAGCAGGCGGGCCCCGGCGUCUUCUUCAGCGGCAACAACAGCUCGAGUCUUCCCGGCGGCGUCAGAGCUCCUCAGCCCGGCGACGGAGAGGCGGCGGCGGCCAGGGCUCAGUUCAGCGUCCCGGGGAUCCUACACUUCCUCCAGCACGAGUGGGCCCGCUUCGAGGUGGAGCGGGCGCAGAGCGAGGUGGAGCGGGCCGAGCUGCAGGCUCAGAUCUCCUUCCUGCAGGGGGAGAGACGAGGUCAAGAGAACCUGAAGAAAGACCUGGUGAGACGCAUCAAGAUGCUGGAGUUCGCCCUCAAGCAGGAGCGGGCCAAAUACCAUAAGCUGAAAUAUGGAACAGAAUUGAACCAGGGGGAGAUCAGAGCUCCAAGUUAUGACUCAGAUGAGGGGAACGACAGUGAAGCUCCCAGUCCUCCAAACAGCAGCCAUCAGCUCGGCUGGAAACAAGGACGCCAGCUGCUCAGACAGUACCUGCAGGAGGUGGGCUACACGGACACCAUCCUGGAUGUGAAGUCUCAGCGGGUGAGGGCGCUGCUCGGUCUGACCGGACGAGACCAAACGUCCGAGAGCAAAACCCAACUGAUGGUGAACGGCACCGAGCCGUCGUCGUCACUGAAGGACAGCGACGUGGUCGCCAGUAAACCCGACGUGUCCGACUCGGCCGCCGCGUUGGAGGCAUUCAAGUUCAUCGAGAGCGCUGCUGCCGAGUUCAGCGACGAGGACGAGGAGGAGGAGGACGACAGUGAAGGGCGCGACAAAACCAUCCUGGACCUGGUUACGAUGGUGAAGAAGAAGCCGUUGUCCACGCCGUCGUCCACGACCUCUGACCUCAGCGACGACCCCGACACAGAGGAGGCCCUGAAGGGUUUCGACUUCCUGGCCGGUCCGGACGAGCAGGACGGGUCGGCCGAGUCGAGGAGCGGCGAGGACAGCGUUGAGUGGGAGAAGGACGAGCAGUCUCCUGUGGGUGAACUGUCCUGGGACGUGGACCAGGGUCUGAUCGCUCAGCUGAAGGAGCAGUACAGGAAGGAGCGCAAGUGCAAGAAGGGGGUGAAGAGACCGAACCGAGCCAAGCUUCAGGACAUGCUGGCGAACCUGCGCGAUGCUGAGGAUCUUCCCUCCCUGCAGCCUCCGGUGACGCCCCCGUCCCGGCCCAGUGUCCCCAGACUCAGUGAGCAGGACGCGGGACGUCCAGACGACGAGGCCAUGACGUUCCUGCCGUCGUCGGGGAAGUCCUUCAUCCUGGGACGAGUGGACGAGGCGGUGUCCAACGAGCUGGGACUGGGAGAACUGGCCGGACUGACUGUCGCCAACGAGGCCGACAGCCUGGCGUACGACAUCAGCAACAACCAAGACGCCCUGAGGAAGACCUGGAACCCCAAGUUCACCCUGCGGAGCCACUUCGACUCGGUCCGGAGUCUGGCCUUCCACCCGGUGGAGCCGGUCCUGGUCACCGCCUCCGAGGACCAGACCCUCAAACUGUGGAACCUCCAGAAGACGGCGCCCGCCAAGAAAUGUGCAGCUUUAGACGUGGAGCCCAUCUACACGUUCAGAGGCCACAGUGGCGCCGUGCUGUGCGUCACCAUGAGCGCGAGUGGAGAGCAGUGCUUCAGCGGUGGAGUGGACGGCACCAUCCAGAGCUGGAACACCCCCAACCCCAACGUCGACCCCUACGACUCGUACGAGUCGUCGGUCUUGCGGGGGGCGCUGUGCGGCCAUACGGACUCUGUGUGGGGUGUGGUCUACAGCCCGGCCAGCCACCGCCUCCUCUCCUGCUCGGCCGACGGGACAGUGCGGCUGUGGGACGCCGCCAGCACCGCGCCGUCUCUUGCCGUGUUCAACGAGCGCGGAGAGCUCGGUGUUCCGACCUCCGUGGACGUGGUGAGCAGCGACCCGGCCCACAUGGUGACGUCGUUCAGCACCGGACACAUCGGCCUCUUCAACAUGGAGACGCAGCAGCUCGUCCUGAAGCUGGACUCUGCCGGACCGCCAGACGCCCCCUGCAGGAUCAACAAAGUGCUGAGUCAUCCCACGCUGCCCAUCACCGUCACGGCUCAGGAGGACCGACACAUCCAGUUCUUCGACAACAACACAGGUAAACUGAUCCACUCGAUGGUCGCUCACCUGGACUCAGUGACGUGUCUCGCUGUGGAUCCAAACGGACUGUACCUCAUGUCUGGAAGUCACGACUGCUCGAUCCGUCUGUGGAACAUGGAGAGCAAGACGUGCAUCCAGGAGUUCACCGCCCACCGCAAGAAGUCUGAGGAGUCGAUCCACGCCGUGGCGUUCCACCCGACCAAGUGCUACAUCGGCAGCGCCGGGGCCGACGCACUCGCCAAGGUCUUCGUAUGACCUGACAGCGCCUGGCAGGAACUCGGCGGACGCUGUGGUGGAAGGAGGCGGAGUCUUUGGACAGAUCGAGGAGUUUGUUUCUCCACCUCUUGAGUCUGUACGGUGACCUGGGCCUCUCCCCGCCCACCUCCUGGACUCCGGCCUCUCCCCGCCCACCACCUGGACUCCGGCCUCUCCCCGCCCACCUCCUGGACUCUUGCCUCUCCCCGCUCACCUCCUGGACUCUUGCCUCUCCCCACCCACCUCCUGGACUCCGGCCUCUCCCCGCCCACCUCCUGGACUCCGGCCUCUCCCCGCCCACCUCCUGGACUCCGGCUGGCCUGGGUCCUGAAAACAAACCAACCUCCGGAUGAGACGACGAAUGACAAGCAAACAAAAAAAAAGGAAUAGGCAAAAAGUAAAAGCAGGAAAACUUCAGUACAUUUUAUGCUGGAAUCUGGAAAAGGUAGUCCUCGCCCCCCUCCCAUCACUGACCCCGCCCCCCUCCCGGUGUCUGUCGGUGUCACUUUGAAAUGUCUGUCAUGAUAAUGUGCCUUUUUUCCUCAGAUCAUUAGCUUCAUGUGAACUCUGAUUGGACCGGGAGACGACUCACACUUUGUUGUGGUUUUGAUUAUUUCGUUAAGUUGAGAGUAGUUGUGGCCUGGAGACGUGUGGAGACGGGACAGUAGUAAACGCAGGAGGUUAGAGGUCAAAGGUUGUGACCCCUAAAGGGUGGUCCAGAGUCGCUGACCUGAAGGUCACGUCGGGUCAGAUCACAAACACCUGAAGAGUUUCAUUUCAAAAUAAAAAGCUUUGCUGAACGCUGUUUGGCGAGGUCGAUCCAUAUUUCCGUCUCUGUAUUUUCUGUCAUAAAUUCCGACCCUGCACCAACAGGAGACGAGCUCGACUUGUUCUGAAAUGAAACUCUUCAACGUGGUCGAAGACUCGGCAGCUCUGUGAUGUCAUCAUGUAACGUCACGUGACGCUUCGAGAGGCGUCGCCCGAACCAAACAUGUCGAGAACAAACAAACAAACAAACAAACAAACAAACAAACGUGUUUCAGUCGUCUCGAUCGACUCCGUUUGAAAACCUGCUGCUUCUGAUUUUAUAUUUAUUGAAAGUUUCCACAAACUGCAGCGAGAUCGAACCUGCGGUGAUGCCUUUUCUCGUUUUUUUUAACGCCAAAUUGAAGCCAGAAGAUACAAACCGAGGCGACGAGAAGACCGCCGACGUUGCUAAUGCUAAUUAGCUCAGUUAGUUGUGACAUAACAGAUUUGUACCUGCUUUACACGCUGACUGCCCGAAGACAUUGUGUUUUGUGUAGUUAUUAUGAUUAUGAUUUGGAGAAGUGACUGUGUGUUUGGUGACGGACGUAGAUUUUAAGGAUGUUUUUCUGCUGCUUUACUUGAAAAGUGAUGUUUUUACUUUUGGGGGUUUCCUGCUGCUGUUGAGGAGACGCGUGGUCACGGGCGUAGCACUCUGUCUUUUGUUUGUAAUAAGUGUCAUAGUAUAAAUUCAAAAUUGGAUGAAUACAUUGGUUGAGAGACUGAACAACUUUUAUUUAGUUUCUUUCAAAAGAAAGGUGAGCUAGCUGUUCGCAAACUGUUACUACGACAGCUAGCUAUGAUUCUGUGUGUUUCAAUAGUAACUAGCUAACUCCUACUGUAUUCAGGUAGUAAAAGUUACAGUUAGCUAGCUAGCGAGGAUUAGCAGCUUUGUCGAACUCAGCUAGGUAGCUGCUAAUGCUCGCUAGCUAGCUAACUGUAACUUUAACUACCUGAACAUAGUAGGAGUGUAUUGGAACACACACACAGAAUCAUAAAUGAAUCAGCGCCAUAACUGCGGGGCCCACAGAGACCGCUCAUGUGCAGGCCCCAGAACUCGGUGCUACGCCCCUGAUAACGUGACUUCACCUCUCGACUCGAUCGAACCUUCGUCGUCUGGAUCAGAACCAGCCGUGUGUCCUGGUGGGAAAUUUUAAAGGGAUGUAAACAGUUGUUUGUACAGUUUUUACGUGGUUAAAAAGCAGAUGUAUUUAUUGACCGGUGUGUCAAAGGGAAACUUCUAACUGCAAAGUGAAAGUCGGCGAAUAGUUUUCUGACCCUGGAGUCGAGCCAAGAGAACAAACACGACCGGGACAGUUCCAGUUCCUGUGACGUCGCAUAGGAAACGAACAACGUCCGGUUGUUUGUGGUUCUGUCAAUUUGUUUUAAAAUGUCCUCGUCUGAAACUAGCGACUCGUCAUUUAAAAUACAAAUACAGGUUUUGACUGUGAAUAAAGAUGGAAGACGCGUCUCCACUUCCUCGCACUGCACAGAAAUUAAGAAAAAAAUAUCUUCAGACGCCGCGUUCCAUCAGAGCUCGGGACUCGGAAUCACGACCUCCCGACUCGGAACUCCAACUUCCGGGUUCGGGGAUCCGAGGUCUGAUGUAACGCAGGAGAGAGUCUGCAGUAGUAGUGAUCGAGGUCCCACCCACACACCUUCGACCAAUCAGGAGUCAGUCUCAGCUGUCAACCAUGACAUCUUAGCCCGUUUCUGACAGAAACCAUCGCUGGAAUUAUUUAUUUGACCUACUGCAGCCAGACACCAGGGGGCGGGGCUUAUGACUUGCACUGCAGCCAGACACUAGGGGGCGGAGCUUAUGACCUGUACUGCAGCCAGACACCAGGGGGCGGUCGUGAUGAUUUGGCUCCAUGUCGUCCAUCUUUAUUCACAGUCUGAAGGUUUAUAGCAGAACAAUAAACUGAACAACUGGAACAGAAAUAGACGAACGACCUCCGGAGCAACAGAAUCAGUUUUCAUCUCAUUAACCAUGUAACACUUUGAUAAUAAAAAAUGUUGCUGUGGGAACCAGACGUCGGGACAACGCCUCCUCAUGAACGAUAACACUAGCCAGUCGCGACGUAGGCAGCUGAUCUGCAAGUUUCCACUUUUAUAUUCCGUCGUCGUCAUUGUCGUCGUCAGUGGCCAAAGGCGGAGCUGAAAGGAAACUGUUUGCCUGUAAAUUAUUAUUGUUAUUAUUCAUUAAUGUACAGUGACACAUUACAGAGAGAAUAUAGAAGCUAAUCUGUACAGACACAAGUGUUGUUUUCCUUUUUUCAUGUUUUUAUUUUCAAAAUGGGAGUUUUAUCAGUAACAACAAUAAAGGAAUAUGUUGUGUA